CUAAGUCUGGGCGAUGACGUCAUACUACAUUGGCGCGGAAGAUUUGUUUUGUAACUUCUGUGUCUGAGCUCGAAAUAUCGUUUUCUGUGGGCUUAUCUGUUAAUUAAAAUGAUGCGUAAAAAGCGACGCCCCUCUGUGGAUAAAGAAGAUGUGGCUACUACAUCAACUAAAGCAAAGAAGAGUCGCAGUACAGGUCGCCAGCCAAGGGAAGCUGCUUCAGAGGACACAAAUCAAAGUGUUUUUUGCACGUUUCUUCGAGAGGCAGGUGUCACCCUAAAACAAGGUGGCACAUCCAAUGAGAUCGAUGUGGACCAAGUAGUCUUUCAAAAAAAGAUACAACAAAAGUUACAAAAGAGUCCACGUUACCCUGGGAUUGUGCAGGAAUUCACCACUGGAUUGGAGUCUCAUAUCGAGGAUCCUGAGUGCUUCAGGAACUGCCUCCUUCCAUGUGUUCCAAAAUUGCAAGAUGGACACUCAAGUGGUGUUAGCUCAUUCCAAGAAAGUCUUCUGCGUAUGCUGUUGGGGAUUGAGAUGCUGCAGACGUUCAUCGUUAACAUUUUGCUUGAGAAACUUCCUGAAUUUAUGCUUGAUGGCACUGGAGACGGGGGGCUCAGUAUUCCUCGCAUUAUUAUAAACCAGCUCAAAUGGUUGGACAGAGUCAUGGACAGCAAGGAGUUGGCUGCGAAGCUCAUGGAGCUGGUCUCAGUAGCACCUGUGGAGGUUCAGUGUGACAUCAUCACCAGCCUGCCAGAAAUCCUGGAAGACUCCCAGCACAAUGAUACAGCCAGAGAGCUCAACGCUUUACUCCAGGAGAACACUCAGUUAACAGUCCCCAUCCUGGAUGCCCUAUCAAGUCUGAACCUCAGCUCCUCAUUACUGACUGAGGUCCGUGGAGCUGUUAUGGCCACUUUGGCUGCCGUGCAGCUCGAUGACCUCCCUGUGGUGGUCAAGUUCGUCCUCCACUCUGUCUCAGACUCUGAUGCAUGUGAGGUGGUGAGUAAUCUUCGUAAAAAGCUGGAGUUGGAGCAGUGUAUUCUCCCUCCUGUGCUGCAGACCUCCCAGAGCCGCACGAAGAGCAAAGGAUCAAGAGCGUCUGCCUCCACACCAGCAGCUGGCAGCAGUCAGGACAGUGUAGCAUUGAUUCUAGACGGGAUCAAGUCAGCUGUUCGAUUCCAGAAAUCAAUAUCUGAGGCCUGGCUCAAGGCAAUGGAAUCGGUGGAUGAUGUGGAGGACCAUAAAGUCAUUGAUCUUCUGGUGCUUUUCAUCCUGCACUCCACCAACGCACCAGAGUCGGCGGGGGCGGAGAGGUUGCUGAAGGUGAAAAUGAGGACUGGGCUGAUCUCAGAGGCUCUGCUCCAAAAGACCUUCAGGGACUACGCUCAGGUCAUGCGAGGGUAUUUCCCCUCAAUCCUGGCUCUGGCUCAGGGUCUGCUGCGCUCCCCUGACCCCUGCGUUGUGCCUUUUGGAGGACACAUGUACAGACACUCAUUCACUGUUUUUGAUUCUUACAGCCAGCAGGAGUUGGUGGGCUCCUUAGUGACCCAUGUGUGCAGUGGUGUAGGUGGGGAGGUGGACAUGGCUCUGGAGCUGCUCUCUGUUCUGGUAACAGAAAAGCCCACAGAAAUGGCUCUGUAUGCAGUUUUUGUCAAGGGAAUCUUGGACUACAUGGACAACUUCACGCCCCAGCAGAUCCGCAGACUCUUCCACAUCCUGAGCAGACUGGCGUUUGGGCAACUGCAGCAGGGAUCUCACAUCCAGGACGACAUGCACAUAGUGAUUCGCAAACAGCUGUCCAGCACUGUGCCAAAGUAUAAACGUAUCGGCAUCAUUGGUGCCCUUAUGGUUGUAGGCAGCAUGGGGGCCGGCAGGCUGAAAGUGAAGGAGUCACAGAAUGCCUCCAUGACCCAAGAGACUUUCAGACAGGUGACCGCCUUGUUGGAGCUGGUGAAGUCGAGCAGUGAGAGCACAGCUGAAUCUGCAGCGCUGUACUAUGAUGAACUGGCCAACCUGAUCCUGAGCUCCACCCUGGACCCACAGGUCCAGGACACAAUCUCAAUGAGUGUCCUUGAUGACUUCCAGAAUGACUUUGUGGUGGAUCUUGGCCCAGAUAUACCCGGUUCUUAUCUCUUCCCGGCCCGUGUGAUGUACAACCUGGAUGAAGAUGAGAGUCAGGGAGGCAUCGUCAUCAACCUGCUGCCUCUGCUGGCCAAAGACCUCCAGAACAAAGGAGAGCAGCAGAGUCAAACCAAGAAGGCUCACAGGAGAGUGUCUCCGCUGUGUCUGUCUCCAUUUUUCCGCCUCCUGAGACUCUGUGAGGAAAAACAGCACCAGGGGGACCUGGAGGAGAUCGACGCCCUACUGGGCUGCCCUCUGAUCCUGACAGACAUGGAUGUAGUGGAAAAAAUGGAGAGCCUGACAAAGCCAGAGAGGGAGUUUCUCUGUACUCUGCUCUUUCACACCAUCAACUGGUUCAGAGAGGUCAUCAAUGCAUUCUGCAGACUCAAAGAACUAGAGAUGAAGAUGAAAGUGAUGACUCGUCUUCAGAACAUCACCUACCUUCAGACACUGUUGGAGAGAGCGCUGUCAGGGACACUGGGCUAUGUUCCACCUGUUGCCAACUUUGAUGGAGAAAGCACUGAUGGGAUUAUUCCAAUUUCUGCUGCUCCUGCAAUCAAGACAAAGAAAGAGGGCACAGGAAAGAAGAGGAAAGCUCCUGGUAGGAUUUCCUCAGAGAGCAGCUCUCAGCUGGAUGAGACGACGGACACAGAUAAAACUAUGCAGGAGCAACCAGAGAAGGAGAAAGAAAAGGAGAUCUGGCAAGGAGUCAGUCUGGGGUCCUACAGACACUUCUUCAGGGAGUUGGACAUGGAGGUGCUGAGUGUGCUGCAGUGUGGCUUGCUCUCCCGCUCACUGCUAGACUCUGAGCUCCACUCAGAGAUGCGAAAGGAGGUUAUGCUGGGUCCUGCUGAGCUGGUGUUCCUGCUCGAUGAUAUGCUACGAAAAGUGGAGUUCAGUCUUACAGCUGCACCUGCCAAGAGAGCACCGUUUUUCAAGGGAAGGACUGAUAAGAGUUUGGGCUUCUCCCAUCUACAACAGCAGAGCUCCAAGGAUAUCGCCUCCUGCUGCAUCCAGCUGCUGCCCACCCUCUGCUCACAUCUGGAGAACUGCCACAACCAUUUCCAGACAAUUCUGUCUGAGAACAAUGGCGUUGUGGACAGACCUGCCACAGAUGUUCAGGAGCACCAGCUGAUGUCCUCAGCCUACCAGCUGCUUCUGCAGGUCUUACACACCACCUUCAACUGGUCAGGAUUCAGCCAGCCAGGACAGCGGAACUUACUGAAGAAGGCCCUUGGAGUUUUGGCUGGACGACUUAAAGAGGGAGGUGCUGAGCUGAUCUUGGAGCAGCUUAUAAAACACAGCUUUGAGUACCUGGUGAACUUCAGGAGCACAAUGCCGAGUCUCACCACCGCUCUGUGUCUCUCCCAGCUUCUGUCCACUGUGUCGGAGAAAGGAGGGAACCCUGCUGCCAACAGAGAGCAGACCGCUUCCCUAGCUAAACGUUUCCUCAGCCAAGAGUGGGUGACAGCCAGUGGAGAGAAGGAACGAGGGAUUAAAUUUAAUGAAGCACUUCACACUCUCCUGAGAAUCUACUUGGAGCAUGUGGAUGAUGUUUUGAAAGCAGUGGAGGAGAUCGCUGGAGAAGGAAUAACUGAGCUCAUAAACGCAGCAAAAGAUGAGAGCUCUGCAACAUGGCCCACUCUCAGCAGGCAGACAUUCUUGGUCUUCUAUAAAGUGUUGAUGGCAGAACUAGAAAAAGCUGCGAGGAAGAUUCCUCCUUGCAAAAUCAGUGACAAUACUGAGGCUCAGAGUGAGAAGCUGCUGACCUGGAACCUGGCUGUAAGAGAUUUCCACAUCCUGGUCAACCUAGUUAAGGUGUUUGAUUCUCGGCCGGUGAUCAACGUGUGCCUGAAGUACGGCCGUCUUUUCCUGGAGUCUUUCCUAAAGUUGGGGAUGCCACUUCUGGACAACAGUUUCAAAAGGCAAAAGGAGGAUGUUCAGAGCCUGCUGAAGACCUUCCAGCUCAGCACCCGACAGCUCCAUCACCUGUGUGGACACUCAAAGAUUCUCCAGGACACAAGCCUGACCAAUCACGUUCCAGCCUUAAAGAAGAGCCUGGAACUUUUUGUUUACAGAGUUAAGGCCAUGCUGACGCUGAACAACUGUCAGGAGGCGUUUUGGAUCGGCAACCUGAAGAACCGAAACCUGAAGGGUGAAGAGAUUCUUUCUCAGAUGUCACAGGGGAGUGAUGAAGAGGAAGACGAGGUGCAACAUUCACCGCCGCCUCAGGAGCAGUCAGAGGACGAGGCCCAGGAGACCGACUCUGAGGAAAGUCGGACGGUCAACAGACAGGAAGAUGUGGAUCAAGAUGAUCCUACAGACGACUCUGACUAAUAGAAACAUGAACUAUUAAGGUUUUUAAACUCCUCUCUGUCACAUCCCUGUUUGUGGAUCACCUUUUGUUUCUGUAUAAAAACAAAGUUCUGUUUGUUCUGUUUGUUUGUGUUGAAAUAAAAAAAAAGAUAUUUGGA